CAGUGCGCAUGCGCAAAGCAGGGUGUCCGGUGUCAAACCGAGCAGCUGUUGAGUUCGUUCAGGGCAGAACCGAGCUAGCACGUGCUACACGCCCACAUUACCUGAGCGGAACCUUCCAAAAACCCACAGGGAACCGGAUUUCUCCCGAUACCCGGAGUCCGGAUCGGAACCAGUGGGAAAGCUAACGGAGCUAACGGUGCCGAACCGGCAGCUGACCCAAAGGCCGCGGUCCGGCCCCGUCCGGACCAGAGGAUCCGAGGAGCAUCUCCUGGUGCUGCUGAAUCACCGGAAAGGUUCAACCUGUGAACCCGUUUGGCCUGAAGAGAGGAACCGGACAUGCUGAUAGCUGCUGUUGGAAGCUCCGCCCCCACAAGCAAGAAACGACGGAGAGGCAAGAAACACAAGAGAGUCCGAGCUGAGGAGAGCCGGCCUGAGGAGGUUUCUGAUUUUCUGAAGACUGAUGGUACUCCUCUCCCAAUACCCCAGAAUGACCCCCACAAAGACCUGCUCCCACCAGAAUGUUCCACAAACACUCCUGAAAAGGAAGGCCCUGAGGGUCUGGCAAAGCCAAGCACAUUAUCCCCUCAGAGAGCCGCCGUAAGCCAGUCCUCCCGUCUGCAUGGUCCGCAGGACUCCCCGAGCCCCCAGAUUCCAGACCAGAUCACACAGCCACCGACUCCACAGAGCCCCCGCCAGACAACCCAAUGCCCCCCUCCCCAGAGCCCCCGGCAGACAACCCAAUCCCCCCGUCCCCAGAGCCCCCACCAGACAACCCAAUCCCCCCGUCCCCAGAGCCCCCACCAGAAUGCCCAGUCCACCUGUCCUCAGAGCCCCCGCCAGAGAACCCUGUCCCCUCGUCCUCAGAGCCCCUUUCAGACAACUCAAUCCCCCCGUCCUCAGAGCCCCCACCAGAAUGCCCAGUCAACCCGUCCUCAGAGCCCCCUUCACAAUGCCCAGUCCCCCCGUCCUCAGAGCCCCCACCAGAGAACCCAGUCCCCCCAUCCCCAGAGCCCCCUUCACAAUGCCCAGUCCCCCCCUCCCCAGAGCCCCCACCACAAUGCCCAGUCCCCCUGUCCUCAGAGCCCCCACCAGAGAACCCAGGCUUCGCUUCCCCAGAGUCCAAAUCAGAAACGCCCACCAACUCCAGACAUGAAAAAGGCCCCUGUUGAAGGUGAAUUGGCCCCUGAAAGUCCCCUGAGAAACCCCCUGUAUCAGAGCCAACCACCUUGUGCCACAUUAGACGCUCUUAGCCAAAGUCUCAGUAAAUCACCGCUGAAUGUUAACAACAUAACCCAGAAUGCCUCGCUGUUUCCUGGUAGGACCGCAGACGGUCAAACCGAGUUCUUCCAAGCACCUCCAGCCUCACCUCACAGUGUUACCUCUGAAUCUACAGCAGUAUUUGCACCAAACUCCCUCAAAGCUCCUACUACGAUGAUGGCAAGCCCCGCCCACUCAGAUCCAUUUCUCUUGCCCUCAGUUACGUUUUGCACCGGCAUCCCUUCCCACACCCUGUGCUCCCCCCCCACCUCUCUCCUCUGCUCUCUGGAAUCUCCAUUCAGCUUCCCCUCUCCUCAGAUGGCUAUACCCCCCCCACAUCAGAGCCCGCCCCCUCUGGAGCUAACCCCGCCCCCUGCCCAGCUGCUUGGCUCUGAUGAUGAAGAGCAGGAAGACCCUUCAGAUUACUGUAAAGGCGGGUACUACCCAGUGAAGAUUGGUGACCUGUUCAACGGCCGGUACCAUGUGGUUCGGAAACUGGGCUGGGGACACUUCUCCACGGUUUGGCUCUGCUGGGACCUGCAGAAGAAGCGCUUCGUGGCCAUGAAGGUGGUGAAGAGUGCUCCUCAUUAUACCGAGACGGCUCUGGAUGAAAUCAAACUGCUCCGAUGUGUGAGGGACAGCGACCCCUCCGACCCCUACAGAGAAACCAUCGUCCAGCUCAUCGAUGACUUCAAGAUCUCUGGGAUCAACGGAGUUCAUGUCUGCAUGGUUCUGGAGGUUUUGGGUCAUCAGCUUUUGAAGUGGAUCAUUAAGUCCAACUAUAUGGGACUUCCUCUGGUCUGUGUCAAGACCAUCAUUCGACAGGUGCUGCAGGGACUCGACUACCUUCACACCAAGUGUAAGAUCAUCCACACCGACAUCAAGCCGGAGAACAUCCUGCUGGUCGUUGACGACGUUUACAUCAGAAGGUUAGCGGCCGAAGCCACCGUCUGGCAGAGAGCUGGAGCCCCGCCCCCUUCAGGCUCAUCAGUUAGCACGGCCCCCAGGGAUGAAGAGAUGGGGAAGUUGUCUAAAAACAAGAAGAAGAAGCUGAAGCGGAAGGCAAAGCGCCAACAGAAGCUCUUAGAUGAAAGGCUCAUGGAUAUCCAGAGGAUGGAUGAAGAGGAGGGUCUCCACCAGGCUGACGACGCAGAACCGACCUCCAAUCACAAAGCCAGCCCAGAAUCCAGCGGCUCCUGGUUGGACGACAGGUCUGCUGGCCACGCCCCCGGGCGCUUCUCCAGCCCUGCCUCUGGUUUAUCAGGGUUCUCCAGCUCAGUGAUGUCAGCAACGUCAGAGUCCGCCCUCUCCACCCAGUCGGGAUACUCCAGCGGUGGAUUCAGCUCCUCAGACUUUGUGCUGAACCCUCUGGAUCCUCGAAACGCCGACCGGCUCCAGGUGAAGAUCGCUGAUCUGGGAAAUGCCUGCUGGGUGCACAAACACUUCACAGAGGACAUCCAGACUCGGCAGUACCGAGCUCUGGAGGUCCUGAUCGGAGCGGAGUACGGACCGCCGGCGGACAUCUGGAGCACAGCUUGCAUGGCGUUUGAGCUGGCCACCGGAGACUACCUGUUCGAGCCGCAUUCAGGAGAGGACUACACCAGAGACGAAGAUCACAUCGCCCACAUCAUCGAGCUGCUGGGGCCCAUGCCUUUGCCCUUCGCUCUGUCUGGCAGGUAUUCCAGCGAAUACUUCAACAGGAGAGGUGAGCUGCGUCACAUCUCCAACCUGAAGCCGUGGGGACUGUUCGAGGUCCUGCUGGAGAAGUACGAGUGGCCGCUGGACCAGGCGGCGCAGUUCAGUGACUUUCUGCUUACCAUGCUGGAAAUGGAGCCUGACCGCCGAGCGACGGCGGCGGAGUGCCUGCAGCACGCCUGGCUGCACACAUGAACCCUCACUGUGACUCAUUGACUCAUGGUUGGAGAUGCCUCAGCUGAUUGGUCAGCCGACAGACCGAUCAGAGCGCCAGAUCCACCCAGACACACCGGAGAGGAGCCGCCGCCUGUCCCGCCUGAGCUGGGCUCCAUUUGCUCAGAGACGACGGGCUGAGCUUCCUUCCUCUGGCAGCUGAAACCCUCAGAACCAGAAUCUUCCUCUGCUGUCGGUCUGAGCCGACACGGCUUCAGGAAUCCAUUUCCUGCGUGUGAUCACUUCCUGUUCCUCUAACGUCUGAUUAGUUCAUGAUCGACCCGAUUCAUGAAGCCGCUCAGCUGAUCGAUCACCAAACCGUCCGUUAUUGGCGGGUCGGUCGGCUGAUCGAUCA